ACCAAAAUCAAGUUUCCAAUACAAAUAAUUUUGUUAAUUUAAUAAAGAUUACUCUAAUUAAUUCGUGUUGAGCAUGAGAACUGUGACCGUGAACCGAAUACCCAUGUGGAAAAAUUUGCAAAUGAUUAGUUGUUUGUUCAAUUAAAUAAGCGCCUUUAAUGGUCAACAUGAUCCGCCUAGUUUUAAUAGACGAAAUGAGAAAGUAUACUUAAAAUGAGUCAACACAUGUUCUGGAAAGGAAUAUCAACGUUGAAUAUACCCCCAUCGCAACAAGUACCUGACAAGAUCGUCAAACUUUGUUCUUUAGGCGCUGAUUUCAUUGUUCUAGGAAACGACCAUGGCCUCUAUUACUGCGAUAUCAAAGAAGAUAGUUUGAAUUUUAAGAAAGUCACAGGUAUAUCCGCAAUCGACAUAUCCCACCACAAUGAUAUCAUAUAUAUAGUAGAUGUACAUGGCCGUCUGUACAAGACAAAUACUAGUUUUAAAAAUAAAGAAGAAAUUAUAGUAAAAGAAGACUCGAAAUGCUGUCCCCAUGGUUUUAAAAGUAAUAGCAAUAAAGUGAAAUUUAGAAAUGUAGUCACAAGUGAUUUUGGGCAGCUGUUCAUAAGCAUUGAUGGUCAUCUAUGGGGCUCGGGUGUUAUGCCCCAAAUAUCAUUGGAUACUAGUAGUAUAAAGAAAGUUCCAUUCUUUGAAGGAAGAACAGUCUAUAGUGCUUCUGUAGGCCAAAACUUUGCUGCUGUGAUUGCAAGGAAAAAUGUUAAACAAUCUGGCAACUGUGAUACGGACAGUGAAAAUGAUGAUGAAGAGGUGUUUGCUUCAAAUUGCUCACAAUGUCAAACUAUUAUAGGAUUGGCUUCCCCUGCCUCAGUUCCCUCCUUAUCAGAAACAUGCCCACUGGGUGUCCAUAUCAGUAAGUCUAGUGAAGAUUCAAGCAGUACAACCGCUCCCCAAACUGAUGUCCAUGUUGAUGCACAGAGCUUUACAGAAGAUUCUAGUCCUUCAUCUGAAGAAUCUAAAGUUGCUAAAUGUGAUACGAUACAAAAUGUUAAUAGUGAUUUAGAUAUAGAGCAUAAAUUACAAGAAGAAAAUUAUAUUGAUGAAACAAUAGAGAAUAUUGACACUUCAAAUGCUAGUACUGAGAAAAUAAAUAAUAUAUUUAUAAACACUGAUGCUGCCAGACAGUUCUUAAGUAGGCAGUUGUCAUGGGUAUCUGUGGGUGAAGAUUAUUUAGUAGAAUAUACAGAGAAACCUACAAGAAUUAUAAAAGAAAAUGUAUCUAAUUUAACAAAUUUUGUCUAUGAAGGUGUUAAAACUGUAGGGGAUAAAGUAGCUACACUAUCGAGGCAUGUGAGUGGGAGUAGUGAUAAUAAUGACAUAGUGGAACUUCCAAAUCGUAAUUUUAAUGAAGACAUAAGUUCUCUUAUGUAUAGUUGUAACUCUAAUAAGUUUGAAGAUCUUCAAUUCUCAACCAGCACAAUUAGUAGUGAAAAAGACUUUGAAAUAGUAAGAAAAAAUGAUAAUCUGAAGAACAUGUCUAAACUUGGAAAAAAUGUUUUAGCAACUGAAUUGUGGACAUGGGGAGAUAUAUCACAUGGGCAAUUAGGAAUUGGUGAUACAGUUAAGAGAGUUAAGCCUAUGAUAGUAAUGAGUUUAUCUGGUUUUGGGCUACAGAAAGUAUCUUGUGGCAAAUGGCAUUGUGCUGCUCUUACUUUAGAUGGCCGGCUGUUUAUGUGGGGAUAUAACCACUUCAAUCAAGUCAGUUUUGAAUCCAGAGAAGACAGAAGUAGUCCUAAGCAAUUCACAGAAAAUUCUGACAGUGACAGAGUUAGAGAUAUGAUAGCUACAGACAACCACACACUUGCCUACACUCACAAUGAAAAUAUUUACUAUAUGGGUAAACACACAGAUGGAUUUACAGAGUCUGUUGUAAAUUUGAAUGAAAAAACUAAUGAAGACACAAAUGAAAAAAGCAAUAGCAUAACUGCUAACUGCAAUGAGCCUCAAAGUCAUAGUAUUAAACCUGAGAAUCUAUGUUAUCAUUGGAGAGUAUUAUCUUCAGGUAAUAUUAGUUAUUGUUCUGUUGAAGAGUCAACAAUUUGUCCAGAAUUUCAAAAUUUGUCCAUUGCUCAACGAUAUCUUGAAGAAAUGCUUUUAAUAUAUCAUUCACUAGUUAAGCCUUUUCUAAAGAAAAGUAAAGCAAUAACUUCACAUUCCAAUUUUUAUGAAAUAGUUUGUGAUAUAUUUGGUGACAUAUUAAGUAUAACUGCUUUAAAUGUUCUAUCAACUUGGCAAUAUGCUGAGAAGCAUGUAAAUGAAUGUGAUAUUUCUAUGAUAAAAAAUUUAGAAGAGUUUAUUUUUUUGUAUCGAAAGUAUUAUGUAGCUAUAAGUAAUUUGAUUGUUAUUGGUGGAUUUGCUCAUAUAAACAAUAUUGUUGAUGUUCCAUCAAGUAUCUACAAUUUAUUUAGUGAUCAACUACCAACUAAUAAGCAGAAAUACAAUAAGAAAACAUUAGAAGCCUUGGUAGGUUUGGCUUUCGUUCAACCGCUAACAAGAUUAAGUUCUUACAAAUGCAUUGCCCAAUCCCUACUUAGACAUAAAGUUAAACGAAAAAAAGGGGAUUCUAAAAAUAAAACUGAAGAACAAAUUAGCAAAGUUAUAUCAUCAUUAGAUGCAUUAAUUGAUGAUCAAGAGAAGAAAAGAAAGGAAGCUGAUGUUACUAAACUGUUUUGGGAGACAAUAGGAAAAAGUUUAGAUCAGUAUAGGACACCUGAAAGACGUUUAAUUAGAGACUCGAAAUCUCGCCCACUAAAUUUGGUUAAUCCUGGAAGAUUUAGCAGCCACUGGUUCAUCCUAUUUAAUGAUAUGUUUGUCCAUGUUAGUGGAAGCACACCUUCUGUCCAUCCAUUGGAAAUAUUAUGGGUAGAAGCCAUUCCUAAUACUGAUUCCUUACAAAAUGCAAUACAGCUCACAACUCCAGAAGAAGUUAUUUGUGUAUCCACUAGUUCAGAAGAAGAGAAAACUGAAUGGAUCCACAUUCUUAAUGCAUCAGUUAAAACAGCUUUAAACAAAGACUCAGCAUAUAAACCUCCAGCUGUUAGAACAGCUUCUUACACAUUUUCUUCCAAAAAUGUUUUCUACAAAGAUGCCAAAUACACCGGAAGAUGGCUUGAUGGCAAAGUACAUGGCAAUGGAAAAGUUGAAUGGCCAGAUGGCAAGUUUUAUGUAGGACAGUUUCAAUUAAAUACGUUAUGUGGUCAUGGUAAAAUGGAAAUUCCCGGAGUAGGACUAUAUGAAGGCCAAUGGAAAGAUAAUCUUCAAAAUGGUUACGGUGUUAUGAAGUAUACUUCAGGAGACAUGUACGAGGGAUAUUUUAAAGAUGGCCAUCCCCAUGGCCAUGGAAUUAAGAAACAAGGAGAUUUUACGACAUCCACAGCGACAAUAUAUACAGGGGAGUGGGUAACUGGAGCAAGACAAGGAUAUGGCGUUAUGGACGACAUCGGAAAAGGAGAGAAGUAUCUUGGCAACUGGAAUGACAACAAGAAGCAUGGUUGUGGACUUAUAGUUACAUUGGAUGGAAUUUACUAUGAAGGACUCUUUACACACGAUGUUCUGACGGGGCAUGGUGUUAUGGUAUUUGAAGAUGGUACUCAUUAUGAAGGAGAGUUUAGAUCGGCGGGCGUCUUUUCUGGAAAAGGUGUUCUGACAUUCUCAAGUGGUGAUAAAGUCGAGGGUUCCUUAAGUGGACAUUGGACCGAAGGAAUUAAGAUAUCCAGUGGAAUCAUGCAUUUGAAUGUGUCAGAUCCUGCACUAUCGGCUAAUUCCAAACCUAAUUCUUUCGGCAAAUUAAGCGUGGUUUCCAACCAAAAAUGGAAUGCGUUAUUUCGUCAAUGUUUUCAAAGCAUGGGAGUUUCCGAAACUGUCUUGACACCGACUGGUAACCACUUUAUUAAUGGCCCAUCAGAUGAUAACGCAAAAAUUUGGCAAAAUGUUGCUGUGGCCAUAUCUUGCUCCCAUAAAGAUAAACUCGCAAAACCUACGAAAAAGUCAAGCGGUUCUGAUAUAGAGAAGUCGGUGGAUUGUUUAGAAGUCAUCCCACAGUUUGGACAAAAAACGCUGACUUUAAAUGACUACACGGAACUGAAGCAAUAUAUGUUCAAUGCUUGUGAAUCGACACAUCAUCCUCUUGGCCAACUGGUUCUAAGUCUCACCAAUGCUUUCAACACUACAUAUGGAGGUGUUCGAGUGCAUCCCCUUUUACUGAGCCACGCUGUCAAAGAAUUGAAGAGUAUCACAACAAGAUUGUACCAGGUGGUUCAACUCCUGUUUCCUGCUUUGCCGCCAGAAGGCAACGACGUAGUGCUGCCAUAUAAAACAGAAAAUGAAUCAGAAGAAAGAGAAGAUAGUAAUCCUAUUGAUGGGGAAGUAGUAUCGGCCGCUUCACUCUUACAACCAACUUUGCUACCACGUGUGCACCCGGCGUUGUUCGUUUUGUACGCGCUUCAUAACAAACGCGAGGACGAUCUUUACUGGAGGAGACUGUUAAAAUGGAACCGCCAGCCUGACACCACACUUAUGGCUUUUCUGGGGAUCGAUCAAAAAUUCUGGUCAACAACGAGCGGCAAUCCUCAAACUUCGCCAACAUUUUCGCCAAUGAAGGAACAGCUCUUCCACGAGGCAGUUGAGACGUUGCAGCAACUGAAAACAACGUUUUCGCCGAUUGAGAAACUUCUGGUAAUACGAAGCACGUUUCAGAAGAUGACGACCGCUGUGCAGCACGAGUUAGGCCAGCAUUAUCUAUGGAGUAUGGACGAGUUGUUCCCGGUCUUUCAUUUCGUGGUAGUUCGAGCUAGGAUCUUGCAACUGGGCUCAGAAAUACACUUCGUGGAAGAUUUCCUAGAGCCUGGAAUGCAGAAUGGAGAAUUAGGACUUAUGUUCACAACACUAAAGGCAUGCUACUUCCAAAUUCUACAGGAAAAGAUGUCAAUCAAUUCCUAGUAGUGAGUAACUGCAAUAUUUCAGCGAUGAAGUUUUAACAUUAAGUUAUUACGCCUAGAGGGGUAAACCAGGCGUCAGAAAACCGACCCACCUAAUGGAAGCAAAGACGUAUCUUAGAACUAGUAGAACUUAUAAGGAAACAUAUACCUAUUUUACUCAUGUUACAUUAUAGUUAAGUAAUUUGUCUUAGAUUGUAUUCCUAAUCAUUCCAAGCCUACACGCUUUAUGGAACAAAGACCCAUCUCUUAUAUCCAUAUAUAUCAGACAUAUUAUAUAGUAUAGCCUAUGUUCCAUUAAAAGUCAUGUGUGGACGCCAGUGAGAAUGUCCCUUAGGUAUCAUUCCAAACGUACACGCUAAAUGGAGCAGAGACUCUAUCAUCUAUUUAUCUUAAACAUACAUAGUUAGUUCUCUAUUUCAAUGGGCGUGACGUAUGUCUGUGGACACAAGUGAAAAUAUCCCUCAUCAUAAAAGGCCCAAAUGAUUAGUGGAACAUAGAAUAAUAUUUUUAUCUCAGUCCAACGCGACUACCACCCGAAUUGAAUUUAGUAUUGCUGUCCUCAUCUACUGGGAAAAGUAAGAAAAGGAAAGCACGACAAAUCCAAUCUGCCUGCUAAUAUUUUAGAUAGAAGCAAUCUAUGCUUAUUAAUUUUUGGCGUAGGUCUGUCUUUCAUUAAUCACUGGACUCGAGGUAGCAUAACAUCUCUCUGACAUUCAAGGCCUUGUUCAAGACAUAUAAAAACUAUGUUAAAGCGCUAUUAAUAAUAAACAAAUUUACGUCUGAACCUCAUUAAUAACGUAAAGCAAUAGAAAAAGCAAAAUUAUUAAUAUAUAUAGCGGUAUAGAUGUAGCAUUAUAAAACAUCUGUUGCAAUUGCGCUAGUUGUGCUGUGUUAGUGUAUGUACUAUGGUAUUUCCAUACUUUUUCGAAUUAAUAUUUCUUAAAUAAUAUGUUUAUAAUAUAACUAAGGUGCCCGUCAAUCUUAAUGGCCGCUUUUGUGUUUGUAUAUACUCAACUGCCUUGUGUAUUGACGAUCUCACCAGCGCAGUGUGUAGUCUGAUAGGCGGGAGGCCAUGGUUUCGGUCGCCGCGCGUUCGGGAUAGUUUAGGAUUUUACCAUCUUAGACAGUCAAAGCCUAACUUGAAGGACAUAGGUUACAUACAUACAUUUAUAUAAGUUUUGUUCAUAUAGAUCGCUGUAUGAGCCUCACGUCGAGACGCAGCCCUAGGCGUUAUCCCACAUUUAUUUUGGCCUGAAUGUCUCAAAGUUAGUGAUUAAUACAUAUUUACAAUCCAAGAAAAAUAAAAACUGCAUUGCAUUGCAUUCUAUAAAGAUUGACGCUCCCUAUAGUGUAAGUUAUGGGCUUAUGCUGUAAUAUUCUGCGACAGUUACUUUUGCAAUCGCGACUACGUAAUACUAGUGGGAAGUAAGAAUACUUAAUACAGUACUGGCCUAAAACAAUGAGUUCGUUCAUCUUUUGAAGAUUGAUUUGUCGUCUGAAAGUACACAGAGAUAUAUUUUGAAAUGACUAACAUAAAAAGCGUCAGAUACUCGCUGACACUUUUGUUUUAUUGAGGUGUAAACACACGAAACGUCUCAGUAAUCAAAUUACCUCUUGCAGCCCGUUGGACUGCAAUGCGUGACCUAACAGUUUGCUUUACAACGUCGUCUCUCUAGUACAUGGCACAUCAUUAAGGAAAUAACUCUAGGGCUGCUAUUAAUAAUCAUUCUUUCGAUUAAAAACUAACACUACGUAAGAUCUUGUGAGUGAUUAAAAUUCAUGUUAUACAAAACAUUCAAUCGCUGCGGUCGUUUGUUUCGCUGCAUGGAAUUCGCUUUAAUUUCUAAAAAUCUUACAGCAUUAUCCCACUGUUAUCAUAAAGCAAAAGAGAAAAGAUUUAUAGCUACUAGGUAAUUCGUGUUGGAAAAACUGCCCCAAAAUAAUUAGAUAUAAUGAGAUAUAAGCUAAUAUAAACUAUAUUCUUUCUCAUCUCUUCUCCUCACACCACGCGAUAAAUCUGUUAUAGUCGCUGGUAAAAAAAACAGAUUUACU